AUGCUUAAAAACGUAUUGCUCUCUCUCCUCUUAAUAUAUUCAAAGUGCAUCACAGCGUCAAAACCACACAGCAAACGUCCGCAAGAAAUAUGGUUCAUCGAGUGUCAAUUGGGAAUCGUAAAAGACGCGGAUUGUCCCGUGGACGGGGGCUGGUCGAGCUGGUCGCCCUGGUCCCCGUGCCGCGGCCCCUGCGACAGCAUGGGCGUCCAGACCCGCGCCAGGCAGUGCGACAACCCGCCCCCCUCCAACGACGGCACUCCUUGUUUAGGCCACGACGAAGAAACUGCAUCCUGCUUCCUCACCAACUGCACCGUGGAUGACUACAGACGCCUGGCUUACGGCAACGGGCCUCGCAUGGAAGCCAUGCAUCACCUUGAAGUCGUCCCCGCAAUCAUGGACAGAUGCUUGCUAAUGGACUGCCCGUACGAAGCCAUCGAGGCCGCCCUCAUGGAAGACAACACUUGGGGUCUAAACCCGGAAGUCGUGUGGAACUCUCUACAAUGUGUCAAACAGAAUAUGGGCUGUCUAGUGACCGGCGAAUGGGGCGCUUGGGGCGAGUGGUCCUCGUGCAGUGCUCGAUGCGGGGAAGGCAAACGCUACAGGCUCCGACGCUGCGAUUCUCCUCCACCCUCGACAGCGAGACACCUAUGCACCGGAAAUCCUCUAGAGUAUCAGACCUGCGAAGGCGAUGAGUGCGCUAUAGAGAAACACGUCAUGUACAGUGUCGGCGCAUCGUGGGGGGAAUGGAAGCCGUGGACGCUCUGCUCGGAGACCUGCGGGCCCGGGGUGAGGAGACGCCGAAGAAUUUGCGAAGAGAAAAGCAGGCCGCUGAUCGCCGGUACGUGGGGAACGCAGUGCCAGGGACAGCACGACGAACUAAAGGUCUGUAAUGGGUUGAAGUGUGUGCUCGACGGCAGGUGGUCCGGCUGGGGUGUCUGGGGGCCGUGCUCGCGGACCUGCGGCGCCGGUCGACGGAUCCGCUACCGGACCUGCACUCGGCCCGUGCCCGCCGGCGGCGGCGCGUCUUGCCAAGGGCCCAAAACUGACGUAGACUCCUGCCACCUCAGCCCGUGCACCACUUUUUCACACAACAUCGCCGCCCUAAACGGAGACUCCUUCCUCAACUACAAUUUCGAGAAAAAACGCUCAACUUUUUUCCAUUUAUACAUAAGGUUCUUACCGCUGUCCCCUUAUGGCACCCUGGCGCGACGCGGCGAGCUACACGACCCUUUAAUGAGACUAAGUCUUCAAAAGUGGCUAGUUUGUCUAGAUGCGAGUGAGCUUACGAAAACAUGUAAUUUGCAUAGACUAUGUUCCCCGUCGGCCAUAGAACCGGCAGUUUGGCACAACGUCUUAGUUACUAUAACUAACAACGAGGUAUCGUUGAGACUUGAUGACGCUCGCAUUUCUAUCAAAAGCACUUUCCCUUGUUACCCAGACUUAGCAAAUGAUAAUAUGAAUAUUUUUAUAGGUGAAAAAUUACAUGGAGAAAUUCAAGAAGUCGUAGUGAAUUUUAUUCCGAUGGGCUUGAUUCGACCCGAGCGCCCUCGAUCGGAUUUUUAUCCCGCCUCGAUUCGUAACGUGGUUUUUGAUGAAGGCAACAUCGAGGAAGGCUUUCUGACCCUUGAUUCCGAUCAUUAUUUGAGACUGCCGUGUUUCGAAAACCCGGCUGCAUGGCAGUUGGAUCUAACAGUGAAGCCUAAGGGAGUUUCAGGAACGUUGGUUUUCUUGCGGGACGGAAGUAACAAUAGCUGGUUACAUUUGUCUCUUCAGAAUAUGAGACUGAGGUUACAGGUUAGUUUUCAUGGGUGUCGAACAGAAAGCUCCGGAUCUGUGAAUUACUAUCCUGACGAAUGGCUGGACAUAGUUGUAAUAAAGAAAAGAUAUACUUCGUCAGUGGAAACGUCAAUAAAUGCUGGUGAACGCAUAUACGCUGUUUUAGAAGAGAAAAUUAGAUUUCAAAGGAAAACGUGUAAAUUAGGAAGUUUUUUCAAAAAAUGUGAUACAAGCCCGAUUCCCAUAGCAACAAAUUAUUCCGACGAAGACCUUUACAAACAAAGCGAAAAUGUAAUAUUGCCUCUUUGCGACGACGAAUUCUUUGUGGGAAGCAUACCUUAUGAGUACAACCAGGUCGUUAAUGAUGCCGUAUCAUUUUCAGGCAUCUUAGCUCUGAUUGUUAUAAAUGGGGAAAUGCAAGAUUUGCACAAGCUUAGUAUGGAGAGAAGCAGGAGCGACGGGGUGCAGGUGUCCUCACGGACUGCGAGCGUCUCGGGCUUUUACCAUGAAGUCGCUUGGGGAUUCUCCAACCGACUAAAUCUGACAUGUCUACACGCACGAAUGGGCUUGCCGCUUAAUAUAGCACACUGGCUGUACCUAGACACGAUUAUCCACAACAAAAUCAGUACUAAAACAGCCCGUUCUAUUGACGACGGUAGAGUACUAAGACUUGUAGCGUCAGCCGAGAAUGAGCGGCUCCUGAGAGGUUUCUAUACAUGCCGCUCGCACAGCAAGCGAUGGACACACAACAUAGUCACAUAUGGCGUCCUAGGAAAGGUUCCCGAAAGACUUUCAUCUCCAGACACUAUCACAGCCAUUGCUUUAGUGACAACAUUGAUGCUCAUAAUAGGAACUUUAGGAUGGAUGUUCGUGGAAGCUGUAGAAGACAUUAAGCAUGGGUAUGGUUAUUAUCGCGACCGGCAUCUAACUCCUGAAGAGGAAGCAGAGGCUAUAUGCGAUUAUAUAGACAACAACGUCCACCUGAUCGGGUCUCGGAGCGCAGCGGAGAUAGCUAAAGCCAGAGCGAGACAAAAAGGGAAAAAGAAGCAGGAAGCGAAAAGCAAAGAAAGCGUGGCAGCUCAAGAACCUCAAGGUAUGAUGGAGGAACUGGAUAGCAGUUCAUCCAGACGCGUGUCGAUGCCAGCUAUUGAAGGUUCCGAAGACCAAGACCCAAAUUUGUUCACAUGUGAACCUUGCUACGUCAGCUCUCCAAGACACGGCUCGAACAUAACCCCUCGAUCUUACUUGACGUCUACCUCAACCGACACGGUGAGCCCGAGGGUGUUAUGCUCCAGGUUAUUGUUGUGGAGAGGCAUCAGGUCGAAGAGGAUUAGGAAAAGAGUGAUCGGUCCUAGUAAGCAGAACUCAAAAUUACUUACGAUCAAGUCUUCGACCUUCGUGGAUCAGUCCCCUGCGAAAAAGGUGCUGGAGAGGUUUCAGAAACUCAAGAGUAAUGAUUAGUGACAU